AUGGCGUGGACGGGAGAGAAGAGACGCAAGUCCACCCGACCAUCUCCUCUUGGUUCCUUCGGCAAUGAUGCGGACAUGAUGGACAUCGAAGAGGAGCAAGGCCGCAACGGGGGCGGCAGAAAACAUCCACCGGAGGAGCACGAGGGGGAGGACACGGGGUCCGUUGUUUACUCGGUAAACGACGAGUUCAGUAAAGAGGACUUAGCUCCCUACUUGAAUAAGGUCAAGUCGCGCAAACCACCUAUUCUUAGUUCGUUCGAACACCAUCCCGUCUUGUCCGAAGAAGAGGUAGAGAAGCUGCUUGUGCGCUUCUGUAAUCUUCGAUUCAGAGAAUAUUGCGAGCAAAUUAAUGAGUACUGUUGGUGGGAUGACUACAGCUCAACCUUUAGCAACUACGAAACUGAUGUGGACUAUGUCAUGUACUUUGAUGCACUAUCAAAGAAGAUCAAGUGGAUUGAAGAAUAUCUGGAUCUGAAUAGUAAAGAGUUUGACAUCUGCAAGGAUAAGAUUCCAAACCAUGCUGUGGAGGAUGGCGAAGUUUUGAAGAAUAUUACUUUUGCGAUUCACAAGUUGACAGGAGAAAAGGACUUUCUGGAUUUUACGAUAAAGAAGCUUAAGAUUGCACAGCGUCUUCAGCUGACUCCCUCCCCGUAUGGAUUCUGUGGCUUUUAUUUAUGA